AUGUCAGAGACAGAACAAACUAAACAGCCACAGAAAGUGCCAAGAAGAAGGUUCGUCGGGACCAAGAGAACAGACGGGAAAGGUGUCACGACGAAGAAGCAUGAUGGAACUGAAAUUGUUCACAAACCAAGAGCCAGAAUCGGUGCCUCCAGGGGUAUUACACAUAUUCCCGAUGAGAUUCUUGAUGAUGAGGAAUUAAAUGAAGCCAUCAAGCUAUUGCCUACCAAUUAUAAUUUUGAAAUUCACAAGACAAUUUGGAAUAUACGUAAAUUCAACGCUAAGAGAAUCGCCUUACAAAUGCCUGAAGGGUUAUUGAUUUAUUCCUUGAUUAUUAGUGAUAUCUUGGAACAGUUUUGUGGGGCUGAGACUGUCAUCAUGGGGGAUGUUUCGUAUGGUGCUUGUUGUAUUGAUGAUUUCACAGCUAGAGCGUUAGACUGUGAUUUUAUUGUUCAUUAUGCACAUUCUUGUUUGGUCCCUAUUGAUAUUACUACAAUUAAAGUACUAUAUGUAUUUGUUACAAUUAAUAUCGAUGAAAGUCAUGUUAUUAAGACAUUGCAGAAAAACUUUGCUAGAGGUACCAGAUUAGCUACGUUUGGUAUCAUUCAAUUCAAUCCAUGUGUUCACAGUAUUAAGGAUAAACUAUUGAACGAAGAGCACAUGUUGUAUAUUAUACCACCACAAAUCAAACCACUUUCAAGAGGUGAAGUUCUUGGUUGCACGUCUGAACGGUUGGAUAAGGAUCAAAUCGAUGCUAUGGUGUUCAUUGGUGAUGGUAGAUUCCAUUUAGAAUCUGCUAUGAUUCAUAACCCUGAGAUCCCAGCAUAUAGAUAUGAUCCAUAUAGCAGGAAGUUUACAUUGGAAGGAUAUGACCAAAAGCAAUUAGUCGAGGUUAGAUCUGAUGCCAUUGAAACUGCUUGUCGUGGGAAGACUUUUGGUUUGAUUCUUGGGGCUCUGGGUAGACAAGGUAAUGUUAGUACAGUGGAAAGAAUGGAAAGAAAUUUGAAAGCUGCUGGUAAGAUUGUUGUUAAGAUUAUCCUCAGUGAGAUUUUCCCUCAAAAAUUAGCCAUGUUUGAUCAAAUUGAUGCUUUCGUCCAAGUUGCAUGUCCUAGAUUAUCCAUUGAUUGGGGGUAUGCCUUUAAUAAACCACUGCUAACUCCAUACGAGGCAAGUGUACUAUUAGAGAAGGAUGUCAUGUUUACCGAGAAGUAUUAUCCAAUGGAUUAUUACGAAACCAAUGGGUAUGGUCGUGGUGAGAUUCCUACUCAUUCAUUCCAUAAGGAUUAA